AUGAUAGUCAGUUGGAUUUUCUCAUCCUUACACUUUCAUUAUUCGAGGAAGGAAGAGAUUUCAGAAGUCAAAGGGUUUGAGAAGGAGAAAAAUGUACAGAUUAAGCCCAGAUCGUUUUUAAAAGCUUAUCACUUAUCACAAUAUACAAUUUAUUUACCCUCAUAAAAACCUUUAGACCAUCAUCACAAUCGUGUAUAAUUCGCAAUUCUGGUUCAAUACUCAACAAUUCUCUAGUAGUCCCAUCCAAAGCAAAAUUUCCAUAUUUAUCGGUUACUCCCUUAUCCAAUAAAUCAUCGGGAUCGCCAGGAUUUCUAUCAACAUCAAAUAAUCCAACAUUUAUAUGAGCGGCAGAUAUUCCUUUGCAAAAAAGUUGCCCUUUCACUGCAGCGCCCUGCAGGCGGAAACUGGAGGCUUUAUUGAAGGAGGAGAGAAAUAGGAGAAUUGAGAUGAGGGAAUGACUGAAAAUUUAGGAAUUUUUUAAAAAAUUUUUGAAUUUUUUUUUCCGAGAAAUAUUGGUAAUAGUUCGUUUGAUAGUUUUGAUAAUAAUAGUUUCGUUUUUUAAUAGU